AUGGCUCGUUCUGAGGAGAAGGCGAUGCAUUUGCUGAAUCGUUGGGUGGAUCAGCAGAGGAAAAUCGAAACCGGACAGCUCUUCCACAGACCCAAUUUCAACCGACCACGGUUCGCGACUGACUGUACUUCCCUCAAGGACUGCGUUCAUUGGCGGCAAACUCUGGUCCGAGACAUUUCCAAGAACAUUUCCGAUAUUCAAAACGCCUCUCUAGGAGAGCAGAAAAUAAGAGAACUCAAUGAUACCAUCAACAGGCUAUUACGAACCAAGAAACACUGGGAAGACCAAAUAAGAGCUCUCGGCGGGCCGGAUUAUUCUUCAAUGCGUGUUGGUGCUGGGGAUGCCGGGGAGGGCGCUGAGAUCAUAGGAGGAAAUGGGUAUAAAUAUUUCGGUGCUGCCAAGGACCUGCCGGGCGUGAGGGAGUUAUUCGAGCAUCAGCGAGCUAUGAGGGCUGCAGAAGAUGCAGAGAGAAAAAAGCGACGCACUCGAAAGGAGCUAUACCAGGACAUUGAGCCUGACUACUUUGGCUGGAGGGCAGAUGAUGAUGAAAUUCAAUUGUUGGAAGAAUCGCAGCGAGAAUUGGAACUACAAGUAGAAGCGGAGGAAGAGUAUCGUCGUACGCAUGGUCAAAGUCCUCAUAAACGUGGGAGAACAGCAUCCAGUAGUAGCACUGGAGCUCAUCCGUCGUCACCGAGUCGGAGGCAAAUCACUACUACAGCGUUCGUACCGGUACCGACUGAGAGUGAGAUUGACAAGUUAAUCCUUGCGAAGAAGAAGCAGUUAUUGGUACAGCAAUAUGUGAGUGAGAAAGAUAAAGAGGAGCAGAAAGAGACAGAAGAAAUGAUGUCUACGGAAAAGGCGGCCUCGAAGGGAGGACAUUGA